AUGCCCUUAACACGCAGGACGCCUUGUUUCUGGGAAUCCUUCUGUGCCCAUGUCGCUAGCCUAGCCACCAAACACAUCAUCGUCGGAGGUGACGUCAACGCGACACAAUCCCCAGCCACGGACUGCAAGACAUAUCCGGAUAAAACACCGACCACGACUAGAAAUGACAAACUUUAUGCCAACUUCCUCAAGGAUACAGCUCUCAUAGACGUUUGGAGGGCACACCACCCGUCGGUCAAGAACUACACCUUUUAUUCUCACACGCACAGGUCAUACUCCAGGAUCGACAGCUUCCUUACGUUGCAGACCAUCCAGCCCUGCACAGUACAAACGUCCAUUGGCAAUAUUGUAUGGUCUGACCAUGCCGAGGUAGCAUUGACCAUCCAAAUCCCUCGCCUGUCACGCGAGUGGCGGUGGCAUCUCAACCUGUGGAUCCUCCGAGACAAGCCUACCAUAUACACCGUGAACGAAGAAAUCAAAACAUACUUUGAACUCAAUACCUAGGAAAAUGUGGCCCCAGCGACGGUGUGGGCAGCCCAUAGAGCCGUGAUUCGUGGAAAACUUAUAGCAAUAGCCUCGUCACAAAAACAACAACGCCUAAAAAAUCUAACCACCGCGUUGGCAGAACUGACAAGGCUGGAAACGCUCCACAAGCAGGCCCCGUCAGACCAACUUCUAGCCCACAUUACAGCUACACGGGAACGAAUCACACAGCUGUCAAAAACCGACGUGGCCAAGAACCUUAUGUGGACGAAACAAAGGUUCUAUGAGAAAGGCAACAAAGCCGACUCCCUUCUCGCACAUUAUAUCAAAGAUACGGACCCGAACUGGAGAAAUUAUGCGCGAUCCGGAACAAAUAGCUGUGGAAUUUCUGUACUACUACACUAA